AACGCCGCCUGUUCAGUUCUCAUCCGAGAAAGUCUUCAUCAGUGUGGACACAACACAACCACCUGACGCACCGCUUCAGUUUCCUCGGCGAGGGGCACGCUCCGGAUCGGUCCCCUCCGCCGCCGCCGCCGCCGCCGCCGUCCGCCCUGGGCGCCCCGCUCGAAUCCGCGCGCCCGCCGCCCGGAGUAGCAGCCAAUGGCGACGGAGCUGCUCCCCGUGGUGGACCUCCGGACGCUCUCGCUGUCCGACCUGGACGCGCUCGCCGCCGCCUCCGCGCACGCCCUCGCCCCGGGGAGCUGCCCCGACGCCGACCCGCUCCCGCCCCUCAAGAUCGACCGCGCCGUCUUCAACGAGAGCGCAGGCUCCAGGAAGCAGACCUUCUCCCGCCUCCGCCUCGGCGCCGCCUCCUCCUCCUCGUCCCCGUCCGCCCGCCCCGCCUCCGCCCAGUCGUCCACCGCGCGCAGGGACCCCGAUAGCCACCUCGUCGCCUGCCACCUCCGCCGCCUCUUCGUCCCCGACGACCCCUCGCUUCCGAUCCCGUCCGAGCCCCAAACCCUAGCCCUAACGGAGCCCCCCGACCCCGACCGGGAGACGACGAACGCGAAGGGGGUCUCCGUUGACCUGGUGAGGCUUGCGGGGAUGGUGGACCCGUACGACGCGGAGCUGCAGAGGCGGACGGCAGGGAUGGCUUCGGAGACCGAGCUGCAGGGGUUUAUCGCUAGCGUGGCGGGGAAGUGGUUGAGCCCGAGGCAGCGCAGGAAGUAUGUGGAUGCAUCGUUUUUCGGGGAUCACCUCCCUCGCGGGUGGAGGCUGCAGCUCGGCCUCAAAAGGAAGGGGGGCGCCAUCUGGUUGCACUGCUUCAGCUACGUGAGCCCCAAGGGAAAUCAAUUUUCUACUUGCAAGGAAGUAUCUGCAUACCUUAUGUCACUUCUUGGCUAUCCAGAGGUCAAAUCAGUAACUAAUCAGUAUGAAAGCACAGGACAGAUUUAUUUAUGUGCUAACGAUGGUGCUGAUAAUGUUUUAGGUUCUCAAGAUCAAAUUGGUUCAUGUGUGGACAAGUCAAAUAUACUUCCAGUUGCUUUUCUUGAUUGCCAGAAAUGCAAUUUGACCUUUUCUGAUCGAACCGCAUAUGAACAGCACCAUUUUUCAUGUCAUGAAAUGAGUGCUAAGAGACGCAGGACUGGUAAAUUUGGUGGGCCAGUAGUAGGCAAAGAUGGAAAAUUUGAAUGUCCUAUUUGUCAAAAGACCUUUGAAGAGGAACCACAGUACUUCGGCCAUGUUGGAUCUCAUGCAAGGUAUCAAGGGCUGACACCUGAAGCAUUCUUUAAUAAGGCUACUUCUGGAAGGGUAAUCAAUGGUUCCUUAGCAGAAGUUUCAUUUACCCUUCAGGAGUUGACUGAAUCACCUGGACAGAAUAACAAGGUUUCUGAUGGUGAAGCAGGCUUUCAGCACCACAAUCAUUCAAAUGAACAUGGUGGCAAUAACUCUACAGUUACUGAGCUAUUUAGUACAAAUUGUUCAGACAAUUUCAUUGGGCCAAACAAAGCUCAGAGUAGACCUGAAGAGAUUCAUCACAUUAUAGGUGUUCCAAGUGUGACUAGGUAUCCAAGUGAUACAGUUCAUGCUGAUGUAACAAUUCCAAAAAGAGCUUCAAACACCAGUCAUCAAUCUGUGAGCAACACUAAUGCCUUCGCUGGAGUAACUUUUGUUAAUGGUCAGCUGGGAAGUUACCAGGUUGCCAGACCUACUGCCUUUGGAACAGCCAAUCAUUAUCAGGACCGGAUUGUUGAUCAUGGCAUGGCUGCUCCAAUGCAUGCUGACAAUAACACUGUGAAAGCAAGAGAUGUCAACCUUAAUUCAUCUCUUGAUACGAUAUGUUUCCCCAUUGCUAGUGCAAAUAAUGAAACAUCAGCUCCACUCAACGAAUUUAAUCGGUCAUCAAUUACUGCAAAAUGUUUUGGCAGUUUUAAUAACAAUGAUGUUGCGUCUAGCACGUCUUCCUGUUCUGGAUCGAUCAAUAAAAUAUCUAGUUCUGUUGGCACAAUGAACAAAACCUCUGUUGUUGCUUCCAGAUGCUUUGAUCCAAGUUAUGGACCUUAUGGCCAUGAUCACGGUGCUGUUAAAGCUAACCAUUUUGCCAACAAGAACAAUACCACGGUGUAUCAGGCAAAUUUGGGCACAGAACCUGUCUAUCCUGUGGCAACUAAGGCUGAUUGUUUGGCUUCGCGUCCAGUGCAAACAAAAAACAGUGGUAAAGAGCCUACAUCCAAUUCCAAGGAACAGAUGGAUAAUGUGAAGAACAGAACAAGUAAAGAAUCAGGAUUUGGUAAUGAAGCUCAUAAUAGACGUACCUUUACCAGUGGUAUCACUGACAGGGGUUCUGCCCAAUUCAAUGACAGCUUUACUCACAUAAAACCCAAUUCUUCUAACCGUUCUUCACUACCACAAUCAAACACUCUGGCAGCCGGUAACUUUAUCAAGGGAAGUGGAAGUGACGUCAACUGCAUGAAGGGCUCUUUGGCUAAUAGAGGUGAUGCCAACAUCACGAAGGGUCCAUUUGUCAAUAGGCCCAUCGAUAAUAAUGAACCAAAUGUACCUAUGCUUGAGGUGAUGGGGAAGUCCAAUAAUGAGAUGCAAAACCGUAAUAAUGAUUUUGUUCCUGGUUGUGACCCUCAUGCUGCAUCUAGAACUAGCCGGAAUGUCAAUGGUCUUAUGUCUACGCAGGCCAAUUUUGCUGGCAUGUCCUCUGCGGUUCAAUCGGUUGGCGAUGUUCCAUUGACCAGCACAACCCAAGAUCAGUGUGAUUUGCAACUUGGAUUUGGUGCCCAGAAGCAGCGGAUAUUUUCUAGCCAUGGAGAGUUUAGAUCGGCUGCAACUGGAUCACAUCAGCUUGGAAGCAAUGCUAGGAAUAAUUCUCUACCCACUGGAUCCCAACAGUUUGGGAGCAUGGAUGAACCUAAUUCCCACAGUUCUGGAACCCCUCAGUUUGGGGGCUUUGGCAGGCCAAAUUCUGUGCCUGCUGCACCUUCUCAGUUAGGGAGCAUUGCUCGACCUAAUUAUUUACAUUCUGCUGAAUCCUCUCAAUUUGCAAGCAUGGUUCAACCUAAUUCUAUAACUCCUGCAUCUUCUCAGUUUGGGAGGGAGGGUCGACCUGAUUCUGUACCUAAUGCUCAGUCCUCUCAGUUCAGGAGCAUGGCUGGACCUAAUUCUGUACCUCCUGCUCAGUCCUCACAGUUCGGGAGCAUGGUCAGACCUAAUUCUGUACCUCCUGAAUCUUCUCAUUUUCUUGGGAGUGUGACUCGGCCUAAUUCUGCAGCUCCUGUUGAAUCCUCUCAGUUUGGGAGCAUGUCCAGACCAAAUUUUGCACAUCCUGCUGUAUCGUCGCAGUUUGGAAACAUGUUGAUUCAAAAUUUUGUGAGCACAUCGGAGCCAACUCUAGUGCUGGGGUAUGCACCACAGAUGGGAAGUGUCCCUCCACCUUCAGUCCAGUUAGGAUGGGAUUCAUCCUUGCCAAGGAUGGUUACUGGAGGCAUGGUCACAUGUGUAUGCAUAUGGUGCAACAGCCAGUUCCAUCAUUUUGGCCCAGUUGACGGACAGCAGGCUGGUUCUUUUGGCUUCAUUUGCCCCACAUGCAAAGAUAGGAUGUCUGGUCGUCACAAUAUGCCCAACAAUGGUUCAUGGCAACCUUGAGGUGCAGCGGCUGUUUGUUGAUCUGUAUUGCUGAAUCAGAGGAUGUCUGUUGAGGAUUGAGCAUUAUCUGCACAAGUUGCAGUGGCCUGUUGGGGAUGGACUAUCGAGGAAUGAUGCCUGUAUCUUCUGCAUCGUAGAUAAUGCUGGGAGCCGUAAUUCAGGGAGCAAUGACUCAGUGAGGUUUGUUGGCUUGUCGCACAACUAAAGCUUCUCGAUGUAAAGAGAUCAAGCUGCCAUGUUUGUUCAUUGACCUAUCUCAGGUUUUGCACCUGAUUGAGCCCCUGAAAUCUAGUUGUGAUGGGAAUGCUCUUUGUUGUCGUACCAAUCUUCAAAUUGACUCCAGUCAGUAGUGUGUUAGCGGGUUUGUGAAGUAUGUCUGAGCUCAGGUGGAUUAGGCGUCUAGUAUUUGUUGUUAUUAUAAUAUCCCCUGAAUCCGGGAAGCUUUUGUCUAUCCUGUGCCCUUGCUUGCUGAAGUUCUGUUUAGUAAUCGAGGUGAACUAGAUUUUAACUCAACUUUUGAACUGUGAUGCCUCGAAAGUUAAAAGCUCCUUGUCACAUGGUUCAA